AUGCCACCUCCCACUGUGAAUAUUCACCCAUUCGAUGAACACUCUCGCAGUCCCGUCGCCGUACAAGUCGCCUUCACCUUCAAGUCGCCUGCUCUCCAGCCAUCGAAAGCAGUCAACAAAGAUGUAUCUAAAAAGUCACCCGCGACACCGUCUUCCGUGACGUCUGCUCCAGGAACUCCAGCAUCCGUGACAUCUGUGACGCCCGUGACACCAGUGACACCGGUAAUAUCUGCUCCCGUGACACGUGCUUCAGCAGCCGCUUCUUCUGCAGUGCCCGAACCUGCGGUUACCACUCCUGUGGAAUCUGCUCCCGAGGCUCCAGCUGCCGAAGCUCCUCCAGCUAAGAAGCCCGUUCCUGCUCCACCUCCUGCCGUGGUGCCUACUCCAGUGAAAGCUGCUCCUGCAAAAGCUGUGACUGCUCCUGCGAAGGCUGCUCCUGUAAAGGCCGCUCCUGCGAAGGCUGUUCCUGUGAAGUCUACUCCCGAGACACCUUCGCCUGCUCCAGUCCCACCAGCUCCAACACGUGUGUCUGAGAGGAGAAGGGAGGCGAAGAAUGUUCCCACUGCUGUUUCGACGCCGGGUCGUCUACCAGCUAAGAAGGAAUUAUUGUGUCGAGCAAGGCAAGGAGUGCCAGCCGAGAUGCGUUCCCCACCCGCUCACACCAGUAUCACAACAUCAUUGCUCUAUAAUCGCAAUUCGCUGGAAGACGAGGAUUCGGAAGGAUCGGCAUCACCAGAGCUUGGAAUUGACGAUGUUAUACCGUUACCAUUGUCACAACAACCUCGUUCUCCUGUCCCCCCUCCGCCUCCUGUGGUUCCACAGGUUCCACAAAGCAGACCGGUACCCAUACCACCACCGCCACCUAGGCUACCUCCCCAGAAACCCGCUGUUCCACUGCCUCCACCGCUGCCUCAUAGGAGAGAGAAGUUAGUCGUGCCACCAGAGCGAACCUCAUCUCCAACAGCGAAGCAAGAGAAUGUAAAACCUCCAGCAAAACCACCAGUUGAAGAAAAACCAGCCGAGCGUUUCCGAUUUAAACCUCAGGUGCCACGCCCAACUCCUGUAUCACCGCUCAAACCUACUGUUUCUAAACGUGAGCCAGUGGCGGAACCUGGACUUGUAGGAAAAGAUGUCAAUUGCAUCAAUCAUCACGUAGGGGACAAAGCUCAGGUACCCAACUGCGCAAACCCUCCUCCAAUAAGGUUAAAGUUGAAAUUGAGUGGGAAGGAAGUAUACAUAGAGAACAAUGAAAAUAGCGGGAAGGAUGGCGACAAGAAACACAGGAAACACAAGAAGAAAAAGAAAGAACGACAUAAAGAGCACAUUGGAGGAGUGAAGCAUCCUAAAGAGAAAUUACGUUCGAAAGGGCACAAGAAGCAGCAUGACAAGAAAGAGAAGCAUGGGUCGUCACCACAGGAACUGGUCGCUGUGACGUCAAAUGGUGUCCGAAUGAAGCUGAAGUUUGGUGUCGCGACGACAAGCAGAAGUGGUUCAGCUACUCCCUCACGAGCUCCAUCAGCAGCCGAAUCUUCAGAAAUGCAGGUGAAACAGAAUGUGAUGGAAUCACAGCCUUCUACUUCGAAAGCAACAGCACCCACGACCGACUCAGUGAAGGUGCCCCGUUUGAAGAUUCGUAUAGGUCCUGAAGCGCCUGCAGUGGUAAUAGCACCCACGGAUGGAGAAUCCGCCUCAAGUCCAUCAGCUGCACAACCGUCAAAUGCGCCAUCAAUAGGGAACACUCAACCCCCACCUGUAAUCGCUUCUGCGCAAGGAUCAGCUGUGCCGUCGGAGCCGCUGGCUGUCGAGUUUUCUGAUGAUUCCGAUACGGAAGCUGAACGUCUGCGAUGUGCUACCGAUAAGGCUCUGCGUGGAAUGUCAAACUUGCCAGGAAUGACACGACCAAAUACGUCGGUACUGCCGUGGUCGACGCAACAGGCACCAUGA